UCGCAAAAUAGAGCUUGGAAAUGCUUAGAGUUGAUAAAAUGAUGCCUACUAAUGAUUUUUUCAUCUGGGUUCCUCUGUUUUUCCUCUGUUCUUCUCUAUUGCUUCUUAAAACCAUAAGAAAACAGGCAAAACCCAACAACAAGCUUCUUCCUCCAACCCCUCCAAAGCUUCCUUUGUUGGGUCAUUUGCACCUCCUUGGUUCCCUCCCUCAUCGCUCUCUCUCUCAGCUUUCAAAAAAAUAUGGCCCCGUCAUGCUCCUUCAACUGGGCUCUGUCCCAACCAUCGUGAUCUCCUCUGCCGCUGCUGCAAGAGAGUUGUUUAAAUUUCAUGACCUUGCUUCUUGCUGCCGCCCUCUCUUAACGGGUAGUGGAAGAUUUUCCUACAACUUCGUGGACCUAAAUCUAUCACCGUACGGUGAACACUGGAGGAACGUCCGAAAGAUUUGUAUGCUUGAGCUCUUCAGUGCUCAGCGGGUUCAAUCUUUUCAGGAAAUUAGAGAAGAGGAAGUGGGGCGCCUUCUAAACUCCAUCUCUCAAUCCUCUUCUUCUUCAGCUCCAAUUGAUCUGAGUGACAAAUCUUAUUCUCUCACCGCAAAUAUAAUAACAAGAGUUGCUUUCGGAAGCAUCUUCAGCGGAGGAAAAUUAGAUGAUGAACACUUUCAACAUGUUAUGCAUAGUGCAUUAGCAGCAAUUGGAAGCUUCUCGAUGACCGAUUUCAUUCCUACAUUCGGUUGGAUUAUUGAUCGGUUGAAUGGUGUUCAUGGGAGGCUGGAGAAGAGCUUUGCUGAAAUGGAUGCCUUUUUUCAACAUGUAGUCGAGGAUCGUAUCAACUUCAAGAAGAGUUCUAAGAAGGAAGAAAACAUUGUUGAUGUUUUGCUGAGAAUGGAAAGGGAAAGCUCUGAAUCUGAUGCAUUAAAAGUCACCAAAGAUUGCGUUAAAGCACUCAUUAUGGUAACCUAAAAUUAGAGAUUGUUCAUUGGGUAUUUUGUUUAUACAAGGC